AUGACCCAACCAACGGCAACGACUGUUAUCUUGUCUCCAGAGACCACUCCAGGCCAUGUUCAUGUCGAUAAUCUGACAAGAGAGAGCGCACUGCUUGUAUCCGAAUUGCUCACCAAGAAUCAUACUUUAUACAAGACGCGAUGGAAGCUCACUCUCCACAACCAUCUCACUCAUCAUCUUCUUGCAAUGUGGGCACUGGGAGCGACCCCAGCUGAGAUUCAGGAUAUGUGGGAUUACAACACACCUUAUCAAGAUGACAUGAACCCCGGAUACCCGGAGGCAUCCUCCAACGAUGGUUUGCACGACCCAGAGAUUUUCAAAAAGUGCCUGGGGAUCGAUGACUGUUACCCCGAUUUCCUCAAGUUCUUUGAGGAAGAAAUCACCGGCAAGGGAAUGCAGGAAGUGGUCAAGGAAUAUCUCUUCAAGGGAGAUGAGCGAGCAAAUGACAUCCUGGGCCGCAUGUUUGCGGAUCUUGUCCAUCCUAUGAUUCAUCUUGGGUGUGGCAUUGAAUUCAACCAGCCGAGUCUUGUUGCAGAGGCGCUGGCCGGAGCCUGCGUUCACGAUAACUGGCCCUCGAGUUUCCUUCUCCCCACAGAAGAAUAUGUGCUUGCAAACCCGGACAUACCAUCCAAGUCGAUGCUUCAAGUUCUGGAUUCCCUCCAGGCUGAUAGCCAUAUUUCCACGGGAACGAGAGAGGACGACCCAUUCAACAAGAUCCCCGACGGCUUCCUCAAGCGCGUCACGCCUACACAGCUUGUACCCUACCUCAGUCAGUUCCGGGUCAAGGCCGAGCCCGCGGACCUAAAGCUCAAACUAUCGGACAUGAUGCACACCUCUGCAUACAUGCUAGGAGCCGCUCAGCGCCCGGGUAAACGCGAAGCCAUGGACUUUGUGACUCUCCAUGCGGCAACGCUGGCAGCAUUCCUUCCUGCAAUCCUGGCACAGGAUUGGCUGUCGAACGAGGACAAAGCACGAAUACUUGAAGCCACAGUACGUGUCGAUGCGGUGAUGUAUGCUGGUACAGCGUGCCCCCCGCUGUACGCCGACCGAGUGGUUAACUACAUGCCACGAUAUCCCACACAUGGGUGGUCCGAGUUGUUCCAUCGUGCAAACGUCUACCGGGACGAGGGUCACGCUGUGAAAUUACUUCGCGCUCUGUAUGCCCUGGAACCGCUGGAGCUAGGGUCGGACUUUCCGAUCACCAAGAGUGAUUUUCUCAAGAUUGCGCACAUGGGAAUUGACUCCAUUGAGCGGGCAAUGACCGAGAAAGAUGGCAAUUAUGUGCCUAAGGAAGUUGCAGCUGGAGUCCUGCAAAGGGUUGGGCGUGGAGGCGAAAUGGUGGUCGGGAACAUGACCCGAUGGGUGUUUUAUGGCGGGUUGCCCAACGCUUGGAGACAUGUACCUGCAAUAUAA